GGGAGGGGGGACACAGAGGGAGGAAGAAGCGGCGGCGGCAGCUCCUCCAUGCAGAGGGGGAAACUCCGAGGACUCGGAGCAGGAAUAAUGCGGUAGCAAGGCGGGCUGCUGGCUCCCGGCUCCGGCAGUAGCGGCGGCGGCAGCCCGACCAGCAGCAGCGGCAGCACCCCAGGCUCUGACAGCCCCGCCGGCCGGCUCUCUUGCUGACCGCCGGCUGUCAAUGGAGCUGGAAAACAUCGUGGCCAACACGGUCUUGCUGAAAGCCCGGGAAGGGGGCGGAGGAAAGCGCAAAGGGAAGAGCAAAAAGUGGAAGGAAAUCUUGAAGUUCCCUCACAUCAGCCAGUGUGAAGAUCUCCGAAGGACGAUAGACAGAGAUUACUGCAGUCUAUGUGACAAGCAGCCAAUCGGAAGGCUGCUUUUCCGGCAGUUCUGUGAAACCAGACCUGGGCUGGAGUGCUACAUUCAGUUCCUGGACUCAGUGGCAGAAUAUGAAGUUACUCCAGAUGAAAAACUGGGCGAGAAAGGGAAGGAAAUUAUGACCAAGUACCUCACACCAAAGUCCCCAGUCUUCACUGCCCAAGUUGGCCAGGACCUGGUCUCCCAGACAGAGGCAAAGCUCCUGCAGAGGCCCUGCAAGGAACUCUUCUCUUCCUGUGCUCAGUCUGUCCAUGACUACUUGAGAGGGGACCCCUUUCACGAGUACCUGGACAGCAUGUAUUUUGACCGCUUUCUGCAGUGGAAAUGGUUGGAGAGGCAACCAGUGACCAAAAAUACUUUCCGGCAGUACCGAGUGCUGGGCAAAGGGGGCUUUGGGGAGGUCUGUGCCUGCCAGGUUCGGGCGACAGGUAAAAUGUAUGCAUGCAAGCGCUUGGAGAAAAAGAGAAUCAAGAAGAGGAAAGGGGAAUCCAUGGCACUCAACGAGAAGCAGAUUCUUGAAAAGGUCAACAGCCAGUUUGUGGUCAACCUGGCCUAUGCCUAUGAGACCAAGGAUGCACUAUGCCUGGUCCUGACCAUCAUGAAUGGGGGUGACCUGAAGUUUCACAUCUACAACAUGGGGGACCCUGGCUUCGAAGAGGAGCGUGCCUUAUUUUAUGCAGCUGAGAUCCUCUGUGGCCUGGAAGAUCUACAUCGUGAGAACACAGUAUACAGAGAUCUGAAACCGGAAAACAUCCUGCUGGAUGAUUAUGGCCACAUCAGGAUCUCAGACCUGGGGCUGGCUGUGAAGAUUCCUGAGGGAGACCUUAUCCGUGGCCGAGUGGGCACUGUUGGCUACAUGGCCCCUGAAGUCUUGAACAACCAGCGGUAUGGUCUAAGCCCUGAUUACUGGGGCCUGGGCUGCCUCAUCUACGAGAUGAUUGAGGGCCAGUCACCUUUCCGAGGCCGCAAGGAGAAGGUGAAGCGGGAGGAGGUGGACCGCCGGGUGCUGGAGACUGAGGAAGUGUACUCCCCCAAGUUCUCUGAGGAGGCCAAGUCCAUCUGCAACAUGCUGCUCACCAAAGAUGCGAAGCAGAGGCUGGGCUGCCAGGAGGAGGGGGCUGCUGAGGUCAAGAGACACCCCUUCUUCAGGAACAUGAAUUUUAAACGUCUAGAGGCUGGGAUGCUGGACCCUCCCUUCGUUCCAGAUCCCCGGGCUGUGUACUGCAAGGAUGUGUUGGACAUUGAGCAGUUCUCCACCGUGAAGGGGGUCAACCUGGACCACACAGACGACGACUUCUACUCCAAGUUCUCCACGGGCUCCGUGUCCAUCCCAUGGCAAAAUGAGAUGAUAGAAACGGAAUGCUUUAAGGAGCUGAAUGUGUUUGGACCCAACGGUACCCUCUCACCAGACCUGAACAGAAGUCAGCCUCCAGAACCGCCAAAGAAAGGGCUGUUCCAGAGACUCUUCCGGAGACAGGUGAGAGACCCAGCCCAGCCAGCCAGGUCUCAGUCCCAGGACCCAGGCCCACUUCCACACAAAAUGCAUCAGAACAAUUCCAAGAGUUCACCCAAUUCCAAGACCAGAUAUAACCACCACAUAAAUUCAAACCACAUCAGUUCAAACUCCACUGGAAGCAGCUAGCUUCAGUUCUGGCCUUGAUGUUCAUGGUAGAACCAGCUUGAACCCUUCUAACUUGGAAGCAGAGCUUGUGGCCAGUGGGGCUUCUACUCUGACCUGGUGGCCAGAGUAGUGCCCCAGGAACCAGAAUAGGACACCGUUCACCCCUACAAGCCUCAAGGUUUCUCAAAGAAAUUUCCACUUGGGUCUGUUUUCCAAGGCGGCCCCAAGCCAGGGUGGACUGGACUUGGCCUUGUCGAACAUUACAGUAGAAACCCAAGGGGACAGACAUGAGAACGUGCACGGAUUUUAAUAGUGUACUAACUAGAACUGAAUUUUGUCUUUAUUAUUUUUAAAGAAAGUUUUGUAAAUUUCUCUAUUGUCUCAGUUUACAUUUUGUAUAUUUGUAUUUAAAUGAAAGUCAGACUUCGAGGGUGUAUAUUUUCUGUGCAGCCAUUGUUAAGCCAUGCAUUUUAAGACAUUUUAGAUGGUGGGGGUGGGGGUGGGUUACAAAAAAUGUGACUGUAGACUUCAAGAGCCUCAAAUGAGAAAAUGUUUUUAUUAAAUGUAGAAAAUGUUUCAUCUUUAAAGGACUGAUUGCAUCUAACCAUGUCCAUCUCUCUAACCUUUUCAUCAGUGUAGCCUGGCCUUCCUUGUUGGCUUGUAACAAUCUGAAUGUAAUGUCCAAGACGUACCUGGGACACCCUCUUCCCCAAGUACCCUCUGUGGGCCACAAGGUGACUGGCACAUGCGCUUCUGUAAGGAGACACCUGCUGUUGUGCUUCACCUCGGUCUCUUCUGCUGUGAGAUGGUCAGUAGACAGACCAGGGAGUCCUCAGUCACUGGGCUCUGGCAGAUCCUGGCUGCUAAAGCCAGUUGUUUUCAUGACGUUUCUGUUGGUUUGGGAAUUUUUGUUAUAUAUUAUUUGUAAGACCUGUGUACUGAUGAUGAAGACCUGACCUGUAAGCCAAGUGUCCCCAACCAUGGAACUAGGGGGAAGCGAGAGUUGGGGACCAUCCUGAGUGAUCACCUCAAGUCUGAAGGGGAGGGAGGCUUACCUGGGGCUUGGUUAGUCAUUAUAGUGGUCACCAAAUCUUAACACAUUUGUGGUGCCCCAUGUCACAUGAAGGAGGUCAUCUCUGCAGGAAAAUGGGAUGCCUGAGGAGAAAUGCCCCAGGGGAGUUGGGGCCAGAGGCAGGUUCUAGUUGGGCAUCUCAAAGUCUUAGGCAUGAGUCACCCCUGGAGAAUUCAGUGGCUUUGCCCAGAUCCUGUACAUUCCUGUCCAGCCUCUGCUGCCUAAGGAGGUGGCUAGGAGCAAAUCUGCCGUUGCCUCCUCACUGGAACAGGGUGAGUGAUGAGUGGCUAACCUCACUGCUCCCCUUGGUGUCUGAGCCCCAGUGUGAUUUUGCCUCAAAACUGGUCUCAGCCGCCAACAAUACUGGGGUUUCCCACAGGGCUGGCCAGGUGCUACCUGAAUCAGCUCCUAUUAAAAUGUAGGUUCCUAGGCCACACCCCAAGUCUACCACUUGGUGAUCUGGGAGUAAGUCUCAGGACUCUGAAGGUUUUUGUUUUGUUUUGUUUUGUUUUGUUUUGUUUUGUUUUGUUUUGAUACAGGGUCUCAUUAUGUAGCCCAGACUAGUCUCACACUUGAAAUCCUCCUGCCCAGCCUCCUGAGUGCUGGGCUUACAAGUGUGAACUAGCAAGGAAUCUGCAUCUUCACAGAGCUCAUCAGAUCGCCCUGAUGCCCCAUAGUGUGAGAACCUUAGGUCAGCCGAGGGCCUGUGGGUAUGGCUGUCCCAAGGGGCCUCUGAUUCUCUGAGAGGCCUGGGCCUGUAGGGAGGAGAAUCUCAAACCCAUCAGUCUCAUAUCUUUGAUUCCAAGCUCUCCCCAAAACUUUACCAGGAAAAAAGGGGCCCAGUCUGUGGGACUGGUCAUUAACUGGCCUCAUUCACCAUGAGAGAGAAGACUAAGCAGGCCUCCCUCGGAGGCCUCUGAGGUACAAUAUUAACUUCAAGUUCAGCCCCCAAGCUGCUUCUGCACCUUGAGCUAAAUUUGAAGGGAAUGCAAACAACUGUUUCCACGUCAUCCUCCUAGGGUGGUCACCAGCCCCAGCCACACGUCCCUCACCUGCAGCCUGGCCUUCUGCCCACACGAUUGCCCGUUUUGCCCUAUUCACAGUCACUUAGGCCUCAAAGUCAAAGCCUUGUCCAUUUGUAGCAGAGACCCCCCAGGGAUCAAGAAGAACACAAGUCUGGCUACCAUGUGUCCCUGUGAUGAGGAUGACAGUAGUCCUAAUGCACAAACCUGUGCACUGACACUUAACCUUUGCAUUCAAGUUUCUGAGUGCCCCUGAGAGGUAGGGGCAGUCACGUGGCCUAUUCAGUCCUUGGUUUCUGUUGGCCUAUCCAUGGCUUCAUAGCAGAGAACAGUGCCUGAAAACCAGCCCUCCUCCCAACUGAAUCUUCUUCCCAUCUUGGUUUCUAUAG